AUGCCUACCAUUUCGGACUUUCAAGAAAAAGUCUACCUCCACCUUCUCCUCAUCCCACCCGGCCAAGUCACCACGUACGCCGCCAUCGCAAAGGCUCUAGGCUCAUCGCCCCGCGCAGUGGGCGGUGCGUUGCGCUGUAACCCAUUCGCCCCCGCGGUGCCAUGCCAUCGCGUCAUUGCCAGUGAUGGCUCGAUAGGCGGAUUCAAGGGCGAGUGGCGGACCGCCAAAAGGUCCACACCCAAAACGGCACAGCCACAGUUGGGACUGAGCCAGGCCCAGAAACUGGAAUUGCUCAAAGCAGAGGGUGUCGAGUUCAUCCAGGACCGGGGUGGGAAAGUCAAGCUCAAGAUGCUGGCAGCUGAGUCGGGAUCGCGAACCAGCGCUAGAGCACGAAGCGGCGAUGAAACUCGAAUUCAAAUUCGAACAAGGACCGGAACUGGAGCCACCGCCAAAGCCAACGCCAAAAUCGGACCCAGACGCCGAAACGGUCGAACAAAUGCCACCACGAUACCGACGCCGACUAUACCGACAGCCCUUGAGAGCAAUAGCGACACCGAGGAGACCAUCCCUUCGCCGGCUACUGCAAAGAGAAGAAUCAAGAGCAAGUACUUCAGCAACAGCAGCAGCAGCGAAUACACACAAAACGGUGGCGAUGGUAAGAUCUACAAGACCGACAAUAACAACAACGCCAAUCCAAUCUGGUUCAUCGGCCCCUGGGAUACCACCAACACAACACAAACAUUGAAGGAGAUGAUCCUCCACGUAUGA